AUGCCAAAGCUGGACCUUCCUGUUUUUGCUGGUAGCAACCCGGGUGUACCAGGGAGUGGCUACCCACUGGAGCUUCGACCAACCACCACCGGUCAAUUCCGCUUUGGGGCCACCCCUGACUCUACCAUCAUUAUAGGGGUAUGGGGUUCGAGACAAAGAAAGAUCAAGGCAGCAUAUCAGUUUUUCCUAUAUACUUUACUUGGAUCUGUUUUUAUGCUAUUAGCUAUUCUGUUGAUUCUUCUCCAAACAGGAACCACCGAUUUACAAAUUUUAUUAACCACAGAAUUUAGUGAGCGGCGCCAAAUCCUUCUAUGGAUUGCUUUUUUCGCCUCUUUUGCCGUCAAAGUGCCUAUGGUACCAGUUCAUAUUUGGUUACCCGAAGCCCAUGUAGAGGCACCUACGGCUGGAUCCGUCAUCUUGGCAGGAAUUCUUUUAAAAUUGGGAACCUACGGGUUUUUAAGAUUUUCAAUACCCAUGUUUCCCGAAGCGACACUUUGUUUCACUCCUUUCAUUUAUACUCUAAGCGCGAUUGCUAUAAUAUAUACUUCCUUGACCACUUUAAGACAGAUCGAUCUUAAGAAGAUCAUUGCCUACUCCUCAGUAGCCCAUAUGAAUUUGGUGACUAUUGGUAUGUUUAGUCCGAACAUACAGGGAAUUGGGGGUAGCAUUUUACUUAUGUUAAGUCAUGGACUGGUUUCUUCAGCCCUUUUUCUAUGUGUUGGUGUUCUAUAUGACCGACAUAAGACUCGACUUGUUAGAUAUUAUGGAGGUUUAGUGAGCACCAUGCCGAAUUUCUCUACCAUUUUCUUCUUUUUCACUUUAGCCAAUAUGAGUUUACCCGGCACUAGCAGCUUUAUUGGGGAAUUUCUAAUCUUAGUAGGAGCUUUCCAAAGAAAUAGCUUAGUAGCCACAUUAGCAGCGCUUGGGAUGAUUUUAGGCGCGGCGUAUUCCCUUUGGCUAUAUAAUCGUGUGGUUUCUGGAAAUUUAAAACCCGAUUUCCUCUAUAAAUUCUCCGAUCUAAAUGGCAGAGAAGUUUCCAUAUUUCUACCUUUUCUUGUUGGAGUUGUUCGGAUGGGUGUUCACCCCAAAGUGUUCCCGGAUUGCAUGCAUACAUCCGUAAGUAACUUAGUGCAACAUGGCAAAUUUCAUUGAGAGGAAUUAGCAAAGAAAAGAAAUCUUCUUUCUGGGUUUGAACCUAAAAAGAAAAUAAAUCAAAACAAGAGAAAAGCAGAAGCGAAAGCUCGAGUCGAAGAGUGGAGGUCGCUCGGUAACUCGAGUCGAUCAGUCCCAUUCAUUCUUGCCCGAAACAAGUGGGCUAUUCAUUCCGGUGCCACCUUUGUUCAAUCGAGUCCAUGUUCUCUAUUUCCCAAAACCCAUUCGUUCGCCGACCCGAGGACCAGAGGUUGCUUGCUUGGAAUUGGGAUUUCUACGGAGCCCCUAGCAUUGGUAGUGGUACUCCCGCUAGAUACGAGAAAUCCUCUCUUCUAUUACUUCACAAGUAGUGGAUAGGCCCCGCCUUAGACUGCCCCCUUCUUUCGGGGAAGUACUUAU